AUGCGCAUCCCCAUCGGCGUCCUCGGAACCGACAGACUCGACAACAGCGGAGAGGCGGGUGGGCCGGCCAUGGCGAACAAGAAAAACACGGGCUGCAGCACCUGCACGCGGCGCCGCAUCAGGUGCGACCUGGCGCAGCCCGCGUGCAAGAAGUGCAACAAGAGGGGGCUCGAGUGCCCGGGCUACGGGCCGCGGCUGCGCUGGGCGGGGGGCGUCGCCGUGCGCGGGAGGCUCAAGGGCCGCAACGUGCCGAUUCCGGGGCACGACACGGGCGGGGCAGGAGGAGGAGGAGAGGCCGCCGGGGCCGAGGCCGAAACUAAGCCGGGGCCGGGGCCGAGGCCGGAGGACGGUGGCCGGGCGGAGCGGCCUGCGGCCGAGGCCGCCGUCGCCGCCGACGACGACGCCGACGGCGGCCGCAGCCUCGGCCGCAGCCCCGACCUGACGCUGCGCAAGUCGGCGCGGGCCUUUAUCGAAUACUACGACCGCAACAUUGCCGGCCUCAUGGUCUGGUUCGACACCGAGGACAACGACUACCGGCGGCGCGUGCUCCCGCUGGCGGCCAACACGCCGGGCCUGCGGCUCGCCGUCGCCGCCAUCUCGGCGCACCACGGCGGCAUGACGUUUGGCCAGGCCGUGCCGCGCUUCUCCGAGGAGGCGCGCGACGCCUGCCUGGGCCUGAUCCAGCGCCGCGUGCGCGACAUGACGGGCCGCCUGAUGACGGGCGGGUCGGCGGCGCUGACGGGCGAGGCCGACAUUGCCGAUGCCGAGUGGAUGCUGGCCGCCAUCCUCAUCAUAUCCACGUACGAGAUGGCCAAUGCCCAGGCGGCGGCGGCCGAGAGCCAUCGCAUGGCGGCGCGGACCAUUGUCAACGUCUUUGGCCAUCACGACGCCUGCGCCGCGCGCGUCUUCGACUUUCUGCGCAACCAAAUGUCCAUCCUCGACAUUCUCUGCUCCACCACCUCCUUCGACCUGGCCGACGUCGAGCGCGCCGUCCUGCCGCCUCGGAGCAUGGCCGACGGCCUGUUUACCCAGUUCCUCGAGGCCCUGCACCACGUCACCCUCGUCUCGCGCCGCCCGGGCUCCUCGGCACCCCCCGACGACAGCGACGACGACGACGACGACGACGACAGCGACGCCAACUGGCGCAGCGCCACGGCCAUCCGCUCACGCUUCGAGCAGGCCACGCGCGCCACCAUGCUCGCCGCGGGCCGUCUGCAGGUGCCGGCGACGGCCGUGGGGCGCGAUUUCGUGCGCCUCGUCAACAUCUACCACGACGCCGCCGUGCUCUACGCGUACCGGUGCCUGGGCCACGUGGCCGCCGAGCACAACGACCGGCGGGCGGCGCUGGCGCGGCUGUUUGCGCAGCUGGCGGCGCUCGAGGACGCGACGCUGUGCGCCCAGAACCUGCCCUGGCCGGCCUUUGUCGCGGGCACCGAGUGCUACGGCGACGCGGGCCGGCAGGCAGCCAUUGCGGCCCUGCUGGACCUGAUGACGCGCGCCACGGGCUUCCGCCACUUUCUCGACAUCCUGCGCUUCCUGCGCAUGUUCUGGGCGGGCCCGUUGCCUGACUGGCGGCCGUUGGCGAGGGACUUGCAGCAGAGGGGGUUUCGCAUCUUGGCCGUCUAG